AUGAGACUCGAAGCUGAGAAGCGGCGACUCUUCGAAGAGAAGCGCCGCCGCAUUGAGGAGAAGAAACAAAGGCGUGAAGAAGCGAGACAAAAGCGCAGGGAAGAGCAGAUGAAACGGCAAGAAGAGAAACGACGAAAAGAGGAGGAGAAACGAAAACGAGAAGAAGAAGAAAAGCAGAAACGCGAACUGGAGCGUCUGAAAAAGGAGGAAGAACGACGAAAGAAAGAAGAAGAGAAACAGAAACGUGAGGAAGAACGUCUGAGGAAGGAAGAAACGCGACAGCGACUACAGGCGGAGAAAGAUCGAUUGGAAGAGGAAAAGGAAGAAUCACGUUUCCUACCAUUCGAAGUCAAGAAAGACAUGUUCCUGCCACCCUUGCGACGCCGAGAGCCGCUCACAACCGACCAGUUAAAAGCUUUCGAGGAAAGGAUCGAUGCGCAGUCUACUCCUCUGGACAGCCUUUAUCUCGGUCAAUUGAAUAGAGAACAGAUGAAAAGAAGAUCAAACGUCACGACUGAUGAUUCUGUCAACACAUGGAAUGCCAAACUUCCUCUGAAGAUGAAAAUGAAACUUUUGCAGUUCUGCGAAAACUAUCGCCCAGCGUACUACGGUACAUUUCAAAAGAAAUCGUCGGUAAUUACCGGUCGUCGUCCAUUAGUUCAGGACACGACAUUGUUUAAUUAUGAGGUUGACAGCGACGAUGAAUGGGAGGAAGAAUCUGUUGGUGAUGAAUGCCGAUCCGAUGAAGAAACGGAAAGUUCAAGUUCAGAGGAAGAAGGGGAAGAAAGUGAGGACAACAGCUUCUUCGUGGAGCCAGGUUAUCUGUCGUUAUCAGAAGAAGACCCUGAUGUGGAAGAUGAAUCUGUACUUAAUCCUGAAGUAAGACGGGAAAGAAUGAAGGUUCGUGCCGCAACCUGGAAGGCGGAGAACUUGGACAAGAAGUGGGAAAAGCUUAAGCCGAUCAUAAUUGAUAAUCUAUCCGCAGUGCCUUCGCUGAUCCGUUUGGUACACGGAAGCCCGGUGGGAAUCGAGAAAUUAGCGGCGGAAUUUUGUGAGUAUUGGAAGCAGAAACACAAACAGACAACUGAGAAUGGGUCGACAAACGAAGAGCGCUGUAGCAACGUGAUUUCUCGCCGACAGUUAUGCCUUAAAAUUCGAGAUAUUGCGAUUAGAGAGAAGCGCACUGACCGACCCCGGGUAUGCUGGUAUGUGCUGAACGAGGUGCUUGAUAAAUAUGGACUUCACGAUCUCCCGGUGGAGAACAGCUGGUCAUACGUGUUCAUCACCCCUAAGAGCAAUGUUCCUGAUAAUGACAGUACCAAAGUUUCUCCUCCGGCUUCUUCUCAAAGUGUUGUCUCAAAAUCAAAAAAAGCCAAAGACCUGAAAAGACCUCUGGAAGCUGUUUGCACAAUUGACAACUUUCUUUGUCAUCCUAAAGCCAAACAAUCAAAAGAUGAUGAAGAUAUUCAAAUAAUCGAAAGUAAAUGA